AUGUCUUCUCAUGAGACUUUCAGGAUAGAGCAGUUCCUAGCCAAGAAACAGAAGCAGAAUUGGCCCAUUCCCCAGCGGGUUCAGAUGAAAACUGCUAAUAAAAUCAGGUACAGCAACAAGAAGAGACAUAGGAGAAAAACGAAGCUGGGUCUGUAA